CCCAUAUAACCAUCCCCAAACCAACAACACCAAUAUCUAACAAUGAGGGGAAAAAAAGGAGACCCCCGGCACACAACCCUCACCAAACUCACCAACCUAAUGGACCUCUACCCCCUCCUCUACGUCCGCGGCAUCCCAGACAGCGGCAAAGGAACCGUGAACCAAUUCCGGCGUGAAAACAUCAUGCUAAUGACGCGGGAGCAAGAAGCAAACAGCUUCUUUCUUCCUGUGGAUAAGCCGCUGGAGGAGUUCGACUCUGAGGAUGAUCGUCUCCUCACGCAGAUUUUGGGCUCGUUUAAUCGCCUGUGUAAUGAUCCGCAGAUCUUCUUCCUGGUCAUUUAUUUCUUGACUCUGUCGGCGUGGUUAAGUGAUCGGUUUAUUAAACAGGUGGUUUUGCCCUAUUUGCCUGCGCCGGGGGCGGGCAUGAGGGGGUUGAGAUAGUGAACAUUUCACUAUGUACUAGUUACGUUGGUAGUAGGUGGUUUUUUGGGUGUUGGGAGGUAGGUGGGGGAGAUAUAAAAUGAAUGGUAGUACUUCUUGUUCAAUGCGAAAGUGGGUGUUGUUUAGGUUUGGACUGUAAUGAAGAGUUUCUUGUGUUGUAGUAGUAAA